AUUGAACUGCUGUAUUAUAUACAUUUUUAGGGUGUAUUAUUUAUGUAGUGUUAUGUUUAUUUUCUUUGAAUUAUUCUGGGGAAUUAUAUGUAGUUUAGUCUUUUGUGUAAUUUGCCCAGUCGUAAUUCUUUGGUUUGUUUUGUGUUUGAUUAUCCGUUAUUGAUUUAUUAGUUAUUUGUGGUACUUUCUAUGUUCUUACUCUGGGCAGUAUAUCUUUAGUUUAGUUUGAAUGUAAUUAGCCCCGUCUUUAUUCUAAUCCUGAGUGUGUUUUGUAUCUUGUUUUAGUGCCGAGGCCGGUGGUGGUGCGGGUGACCUGGGUGAAGGUGUGUGUGUGUGUGUGUGUGUGUGUGAGACAGAGUAUCUUUAAUUUAGACUGACUGACAGACAGACAGACGACUUUAUUUAUCCCUCUGGGAAAUUGACAAACUCCAUUAACAGCUUCAUUUUCACCACGAGCCUCAGCCUAAACAGAAGUGUCUUAUCUAAAAUAAAGUGUACAUUAUUAUUGUACCUGAGUGGAGUGAAAGUCCCGAGGUGGUGUUGUCAGUAAAGCAGUAGGCUACGUGCGGGACCUCGUGUUCUACUCGCUCUUUAACUUGAACAAUAUUCCAUCACUUAGUUUGGUUUCCUCACACUCACCACAUUCAAUUAAUAAAAGUUAGAAAAGGCCGUCUCUGGUACUGCAGACACAUUAUUACUGCUGUUCUUUCAAGGCUGCUUUUCCACUAACAGACAGUAGGGGGCGUGGAGACAGACUCUGAAGCUGUUCAGUUAGCUGUAAGUUUAUAACCUGGAGUUCACUGGUGUUUAUUACACUGAAUAAAAAGCAAUGAAACAUUUAGAACACAGUGUCCGUGGUAAUGUGUACAAGUACAUGCACAUGCUUGUGUUUGUAAGACUGAUGAGACAACAGAGAGACAACAUGAGACAGACUGAGCUUUGGAGGUUGUGCUGUGUGAGUUGGAGGCGGGACAAGGAGGAGCAACAGAGGGAGGCGGGCAGCAACACACACAUCUGGAAAUAAUCUGAGAGCGAGAACAGAGUCGAGUUAAAAGAAGGGAAAAAAACAAGGUAUACUUCAUUUUUAAGUCGUACACUUUUACAAGUUUCAGAAUCUGUGAUGCGGUCCAACACAGUCUACCAGUGAAGACCUUUACAGAGGAAAAGAAGAAAAAAGGUCUGCAACCAAACCACAGGAUAUCUGGGGAAAAAAGAGAACCAAGAUCAAACCAGGAGGAGGAGAAGGAGCCUGACGUUAGAGAACAUCACAAAGACAAGAUCUGAAACUGAAACAGAAUGUCCUCCGUGUCUCAGAGGUGUUUGUGCUGUGUCAAAUAUUUGAUGUUUGUCUUUAACCUCAUCUUCUGGCUGGGAGGAUGUGGCUUGUUUGGAGUGGGAGUCUGGCUGUCCUUCACACAGGCAGAGUUUUCCUCUCUUCCCCUUUCGUUUCCAUCCCUGUCAGCGGCCAAUCUGCUGUUAGUUGCCGGUGGCAUCACCAUGGUUACGGGUUUCCUUGGUUGUCUUGGAGCCCUUAAGGAGCAGCGCUGCCUGUUGUUCAUGUUCUUUGUGAUCCUUUUGCUCCUGGUCCUGACGGAGGUCACCCUCGGGUUGGUUAUACAUAUCUUCCAUGACAAGCUGGAUUCCAAAGCACAGGAAGAAUUAAAGGAAGGUAUGAAGAAAUACACAUCUGAACCUGGACUGAAGAAAUCCUGGGACAACGUCCAGAAGAUGUUCAAAUGCUGUGGCGUUACCAACAGAACGGACUGGUAUGAUGUCAUGAAUGGAACGCUGCCCUCAUCCUGCUGCUCUGUUGGGAUGGAGCAGUGUGUUGACGGAUGGAGUGAGCCGUGCUAUCAGAAGGCCAGGCAGUGGCUGCUCACCAACAUCCCCUCAGUCCUGGUGUUUGGAGUCUGUAUUGGUGUCGUGCAGAUCCUGGCUCUGGUGUUCUCCAUGCUGAUGUACUGUCAGAUUCUGUGCGCUGAGAAGCAUCUGGACUGACAUCUGUCCACUGGCCUGUGAUAUCAAGGUGGAUCACAAACUCCUUUGGAAUCUCAAUUUGUUACACUUCCUCUGAAGAUUCCUCCCAAAGAAACAAUGCUAUCUAUAAAACCAUUAAUGGUGAAAUGGACAAAGUUGGUACAAACAGAGUCAGCAGUGAGUGACGGAUCACCAGCAUCGCUGCUUGUCUUUGUACCAGACAAAUCCAUAUAAAUGAUAUUUGACACAAAUCAAUGACCAUACAACGCUGUAAAGUAACCGAAGGGAAACGCCUCCAAUGUGUCCUCUGAAAAGUCAAGGGCAAAAGACACAGAAUGUAUCUGCUGCUGCUUAUUUUACGGUGUCUGUUUGGCUUUUUCACCGAUAAGUGUGGAAUUGACGUUAGAUUGAAAUUCAUGUCGUGAAUCCCCCGCGGUUUUCAAGAACAAGGAAGAGAACCCUUAAAGGUCCAAUAUGUAAUGUUUGAAGGCAGCUAGUCAAUGGAACAUCCAGGUCAGACCAUCAUGACACUUCAUGCCUGUUCUCUUGGGUCACCAGUAAAAACAGAUGCUUACACUGACUGGCUCUGAGCCAUGCUGAAGCCUUUUCGUGGCUCAUACAACGCUCUACUGUGGAAAUGCCGCAGCUUUAUUGACCCUGGGCUCAUCUAAGGUUUCAGCUUUCACGUCAGAAUCUCCUGAAAAGUAAACGGAAAUCUCACGCCUGACGCGCUACAGGUGGACGGCAGAGAAGCAACAUGUAGCAUGAUUGUAUGAAUCCAACAUGGUGGACACCCAAGAGCAGCUGCCUUGUGAUUUGGCUGUUGCUUCACUUCUAAGUGAAUUGCUUCACUUGGGGCAAAAGUUGUUGCCGUUAAUGAUAUGAAGCCAUUGCGUGUUAAGACGUUGUCACUGAUCUGACCGGUUGUUGAGUUUCAGUUCAGUUUCAGACAGAGACAACAGCAACAUUGUGUUCGUAAAUAGAGACGACUGCAUGACUGAAAAUGAGAAAAGCAGUUAUUCUCCCCUGCGCUGCCCCUGUGCUGCCCCUGUGCUGCCCCUGUGCUGCCCCUGUGCUGCCCCUGUGCUGCCCCUGUGCUGCUGCUGCUGCUGCUGUGUACAAACACAUGCUCCCUCAGUCAGGUCUGAUAGUUUUGUUUUUAGAAGACGGAAACAGCAUAGAAAUAAUGUUACAUCUUUCUACUCACAAAGACUAAACAGAGUCCUAAAGAUGGCUGAAGAUUAGAACUUUCUCUUCCGAUUGGCCCAAUCAAUAAACUAGUUCUGUCUAUCAACCCCAGGAUGACUCAAAGAGAAUCCAGAAGAUUUCCAGAAGAAAUACAAUUAAGAAUGAAAUGACCUUAUAAUACGAAUAACAAAUAAUAUAAAUAAUAAAAUCAUACAUACCAUCA